UUUAAGGAGACACUAUUUACGAAUUACAAUCUCCAUAAGAAGAGAGAGCAAAAUAGAAUCUGUUUUUAUUUCUUUUUCUUUUUCUCCAUUUCGAUAUAUCUGGUGUCUAUAGCAGUGACUGGUCUACAAUGCAAUCUCACGUGCAACACGCUGUAGCUAUGCAAUUGUAGGGUUUGAUUAAACGUCUUUAAAAGCGUUUCUUCUCUUCUUCUUCUUCUUCAUGGUGAGAAGAUAAUAAAGUAAAAGGCACUCUUUAUUUGGUCUUUUGGUUUUUAGUAUUUGGAGCUUAUUAUGCUUCCACUCUUCAAACAUCACUUUUCUUGAUUCUUUUUUAAUUAGUGACCCAAAAGUUACAUUUUUAUGUCUUUUUUCUUGUUUUAAUUUAAUACAUAUGGCUCUUGAUGCUGUUGUGUACCCACAAGACUACUCGUUUAGUAGUUACGGGUUUAAAGAUUGCUAUUCCGGAGCUGGAGAAGCUUUCGGAUAUGAUUUUGAUUUUCAAGAAGAUGAUAAAUCUUUUCUUGGGAUUCUUGAAACCAAUAAUAUAGAGCAACAGUCGGAUCAUAAAUGGGAAAAUCCAGAUUCUUCACCUGAAAAUCCAGUCCUCGAACCACCACCGCAGCCGUUACCGACUGCUGCCACCACUGGGCGGAAGAAGCGAAGACGGACGAGGAGCACGAAGAACAAGGAGGAGAUAGAGAAUCAAAGGAUGACUCACAUUGCUGUUGAACGGAACCGGAGGAAGCAAAUGAAUGAAUAUUUAGCUGUACUCAGGUCUCUGAUGCCUUCUUCUUAUGUUCAGAGGGGUGAUCAAGCAUCCAUAAUUGGAGGCGCCAUUAAUUUUGUGAAGGAGCUUGAACAACUCUUGCAAACAAUGGAAGUUCACAAGAACACCAAGCUACAGAAACCUAAUGGUCAUCUCAACGGCGGCUUUUCUUCACCGUUUUCCGAUUUCUUCACAUUUCCACAGUAUUCGACACGAACUCCGGCCACCGGGGAGGAGUCAUUGGCUUCAGUGGGUGAUCAAAAUCAAUGGGCGGUGGCGGAUAUAGAAGUGACAAUGAUGGAAAGCCAUGCUAACCUUAAAAUACUUUCAAAGAAAAGAGCUAGACAGCUCUUGAAGAUUGUCGCAGGUUUGCAAGGUCUAAGAUUAAGUGUUCUUCACCUAAAUGUCACCACUGUUGAUUCAAUGGUUCUCUAUUCAGUUAGUGUUAAGAUUGAAGAAGGGUGCCAUCUUAAUACUGUGGAUGAUAUUGCAGCUGCUGUUAAUCAAAUGCUACAUAGAGUUUAUGAAGAGGAAGCUGGUUUUAGCUAGCUAGCUAAUUAACAUGAUAUUUAAUAAAUUUGUAAACCCUAAUUUGUUUCUGUAAAAGGGGUUGUUAAUGUAAUUUGAGUAUUUUGUUUUCGAAAAAAAAAAAUCCUUUUCUCCCUUAAUUAUUUUCGUUUCUAGAUCAA